AUAGUUAAACCUUUUAACUUAGUAAAAUGCAUUACAUUAUUGUUACGGAGUUUGAAACUCCUAGUGAAACGUCGUGUAGAAUAAAGGGAUUGCUUUCAACUGAUGCUAAGAAUUUAGAAACUUACUUUUUGGGAUUCCAUAUAAAUUGCAGUAAUAUGAAAGACUUCUUUGAAGUGGAUAUUUCAGGUGACCAAGUGUUACAGAUUUUAGGCGGAUCUAGUUUCAAUUACAGUGUCAUCAGUCAAUCAAUGGCUAUUGAAAAUACUGCAAUUGGAGGGAGAACCGUAAAAAUCCAAAAAUUGGUUUGGACCAUGGGUAAAUAAAGGAUAACAAACAUGUUCUGUUAAAUCAUAUUUAUUCAAUAAAAUAGUAUCUAUCAAAGUA